AUGGACACUUCGACGACCGUAACUGUCGCGCCAGAAGUCGCAACAACAGAAAAACAAAUUCCAGCCUUGAUUACAUUUCAGACACAACCAGACAAUGACGAACACGAAACGGAUCGCAUCAACGCAUUGCGCUUGAUUGCCGACAGCGUCGCACAACAGCGCCAGGAAGCAAGUCGAGCCAUAAUCAUCCAUCCGAUCACCAUCGCCGCUGUUUUAGCCUUGUGUGCUGUCUUGUCUCAUCACAUCAACGAUCUUGCUACUAUUGUGACCACGACGGCAGGUUGUUUGAUGGCGGGAAUGGCUGGAGUGGGUUACCUCACUUACGGAUACUUGGAGCUUGCGGAAAAGACGGGGACGUGGUCAUUUUUACGCCCAGAUGCGAAUUCCGACAAGGAAGACGUUCUGAUUGUCACCAAAUACGGCGAUGAUAUUAUCGGCGCAUUGGUUUUGAGAUUGUUAUCCGUCUCCGAGAACAAGAAGAACCCCAAAGUCAAGGCGGUCAUUCGUGCAUGGACCGUGAAACAGAGAUAUCGUAACAAGACCUUCGGUACGGCUCUGCUGGAGGAAGCGAUCGCUUUGUGCAAGAAGAAUGGAUGGAAGGGCCCUGAGUUCUCGCCGGAUCAUGCAAAUUCCAAACGUAUUCUUCCAAGCAUGUUUCACAAGAGCUUGGAUCGGAAGGAAGCGAAAGCUCGGAGGUUGUUGGAGAGGUUGAUGGAUUCCAGGAAAUAG